AAUGCCAGCCAUGUUGUGCCUGCCUCUGGUUAGCCUGUAACUAAGUUGUGGAGGCAUAGCGUGUGGGACGCUCAUCCCUCAGGUUUUGUGGCAGACCUUUAAGGAAGAAGACUGCAGGGGUUCUACACUUACAUUAACUGUGGGUCUCCCUGUAGCCCCAGCUGUCCUGGAACUCACUAUGUAGACCAGGCUGGCUUUGAACACCACGCCCCGGCUACAUGAAUCUUUUGACUGUGACUGUCUUUUGGAGAGCACUUUGGAUUCCCCACCCCCAUCUUCUUGCAAUGAUGUCCACUGGACAUGUACUGACCAAGGUGGCAGGUCUGAGAACAUAGCUGAAGCUGAAAAUAGGAAAGCUCGGGGCAAGGAAGAGCCUUGAAUCUUGAGGUGGGACGUUGACUCUAAGAUGUCCUUGAGCAGUGGAGCCUCCGGAGGGAAAGGAGUGGAUGCAAACCCGGUUGAGACUUACGACAGUGGGGAUGAAUGGGACAUUGGAGUAGGGAAUCUCAUCAUUGACCUGGACGCCGAUCUGGAAAAGGACCAGCAGAAACUGGAAAUGUCAGGCUCGAAGGAGGUGGGGAUACCAGCUCCCAAUGCUGUGGCCACACUACCAGACAACAUCAAGUUUGUGACCCCAGUGCCAGGUCCUCAAGGGAAGGAAGGCAAAUCAAAAUCCAAAAGGAAUAAGAGUGGCAAAGACACUAGCAAACCCACUCCAGGGACUUCCUUGUUCACUCCAAGUGAGGGGGCGGCAAACAAGAAAGAGGUGCAGGCUCGCUCAGGAGAUGGUGCCAAUGCAGGAGGCCUGGUUGCUGCUGUUGCUCCCAAGGGCUCAGAGAAGGCGGCUAAGGCAUCUCGCAGUGUAGCCGGAUCAAAAAAGGAAAAGGAAAACAGCUCAUCUAAGAGCAAGAAGGAGAGAAAUGAAGGAGUGGGGACUUGUUCAGAAAAGGAUCCUGGGGUCCUCCAGCCAGUUCCCUUGGGAGGACGGGGUGGUCAGUAUGAUGGAAGUGCAGGGCUCGAUACAGGAACUGUGGAGCCACUUGGGAGUAUAGCUAUUGAACCUGGGGCUGCGCUCAAUCCUUUGGGAGCUAAGCUGGAGCCAGAGGAAGGGGAGAAUGAGUGUCGCCCGCUAAAGAAAGUCAAGUCUGAAAAGAUGGAGUCACCUGUCUCCACACCAGCAGUGCUGCCACUGCACCUUUUGGUGCCAGUGGUCAAUAAUGACAUCUCAUCUCCCUGUGAGCAGAUCAUGGUCCGUACCCGAUCUGUUGGAGUCAACACAUGUGAUGUGGCUCUAGCCACAGAGCCUGAGUGCUUGGGCCCCUGUGAACCUGGAACCAGUGUCAACCUUGAAGGCAUCGUGUGGCAGGAAACAGAAGAUGGGAUGUUGGUGGUAAAUGUGACAUGGAGGAACAAAACAUACGUAGGUACACUUCUUGACUGCACAAGGCAUGAUUGGGCACCCCCAAGGUUCUGUGACUCCCCAACCAGUGACUUGGAAAUGCGUAAUGGCAGAGGGAGAGGCAAACGCAUGCGCCCAAACAGUAACACGCCUGUCAACGAGGCAGCCACUGCUGCUGACGGCAAAGGGACCAGCAACAGCAGUAAAACCCGAGCGGGAGCCAAUAGCAAAGGCCGGCGGGGCAGCCAGAAUUCUUCAGAGCACCGCCCACCUGCCAGCAGCACUUCUGAGGAUGUCAAGGCCAGCCCUUCCUCAGCUAAUAAGAGGAAAAACAAACCCCUUUCAGAUAUGGAGCUGAAUUCCAGCUCAGAGGACUCCAAAGGGAGCAAGCGUGUCCGCACAAAUUCCAUGGGCUCAGCCACAGGCCCCCUCCCUGGGACCAAGGUGGAACCCACUAUUGUGGACAGAAAUUGUCCUUCCCCAGUCCUGAUUGACUGUCCCCAUCCAAACUGCAACAAGAAGUACAAGCACAUUAAUGGACUUAAGUACCACCAAGCUCAUGCCCACACAGAUGACGACAGCAAGCCAGAAGCCGAUGGAGACAGUGAAUACGGAGAGGAGCCCAGCCUCCACACAGACCUCAGCAGCUGCAAUGGUGCCUCUGUCUCACAGAAAGGAUCCUUGUCCCCUGCCCGCUCAGCUACCCCCAAAGUUCGGCUUGUUGAGCCUCACAGCCCUUCCCCUUCAAGCAAAUUCAGCACAAAAGGCCUCUGUAAGAAAAAGUUGAGUGGGGAGGGAGAUACAGACCUUGGGGCCUUAUCCAAUGAUGGCUCUGAUGAUGGACCCUCAGUAAUGGAUGAAACAAGCAACGAUGCCUUUGACUCUUUGGAAAGGAAGUGUAUGGAAAAAGAAAAAUGUAAAAAGCCCUCCAAUUUGAAGCCUGAAAAGAUUCCUUCCAAGAGCUUAAAAUCAGCCCGGCCCAUUGCCCCUGCCAUCCCCCCACAGCAGAUCUACACUUUCCAGACAGCCACCUUCACUGCAACAAGCCCAGGCUCCUCCUCAGGCUUGACCACCACUGUAGUCCAAGCCAUGCCUAGUAGUCCCCAACUCAAACCCAUUCAGCCGAAGCCCACUGUUAUGGGAGAACCUUUCACAGUCAACCCUGCCCUGACCCCAGCCAAGGACAAGAAAAAGAAAGACAAAAAAAAGAAGGAAUCAUCAAAGGAACUUGAAAGUCCUCUGACCCCUGGGAAGGUGUGCCGAGCGGAAGAAGGUAAAAGCCCAUUCCGAGAAUCCUCAGGAGAUGGGAUAAAAAUGGAGGGGCUUCUGAAUGGCUCCUCAGACCCCCACCAAAGUCGAUUAGCUAGUAUCAAGGCUGAAGCAGAUAAGAUCUACAGCUUUACAGACAAUGCCCCCAGCCCCUCAAUUGGAGGCAGCAGUCGCCUAGAUAGCACUACCCCAACCCAGCCCCUGACUCCCCUACAUGUAGUGACCCAGAAUGGGGCUGAGGCCAGCUCAGUCAAAACCAAUAGCCCUGCCUACUCUGACAUCUCUGAUGCUGGGGAGGAUGGGGAGGGCAAGGUGGACAACGUCAAAUCAAAGGAUCCUGAGCAGCUGGUUAAAGAAGGAGCUAAGAAAACACUUUUCCCUCCCCAGCCACAGAGCAAAGACUCACCAUAUUACCAAGGCUUUGAGAGUUACUACUCUCCAAGUUAUGCACAGUCCAGCCCGGGGGCUCUCAACUCAAGCAGCCAGGCAGGAGUGGAGGGCCAGACCCUAAAGGCAAAAAAGGAUGAGGAGCCUGAGAGCAUAGAGGGGAAAGUGAAGAACGACAUUUGUGAGGAAAAGAAACCUGAGCUGAGCGGUUCCAGUCAGCAGCCCUCAGUCAUCCAGCAGCGGCCCAACAUGUACAUGCAGUCCCUGUACUACAACCAGUAUGCCUAUGUGCCCCCAUAUGGCUACAGCGACCAGAGUUACCACACCCACCUCUUGAGCACUAAUACGGCUUAUCGUCAACAGUACGAAGAACAGCAGAAACGGCAGAGCUUGGAGCAGCAGCCUCGGGGGCUGGACAAGAAGGCAGAGAUGGGACUGAAGGAGCGGGAGGCAGCACUGAAGGAAGAGUGGAAGCAAAAGCCAUCAAUUCCACCAACCCUCACCAAGGCGCCCAGCCUGACAGACCUGGUGAAGUCAGGGCCUGGCAAGGCCAAGGAGCCAGGGGCUGACCCUGCCAAAUCAGUCAUCAUUCCCAAAUUGGAUGACUCAUCAAAACUCCCCAGCCAGACCCCUGAAGGCCUUAAAGUGAAGCUGAGUGAGGCCAGCCACCUAAGCAAGGAGGCCUCGGAAGCUAAGACAGGCACUGAGUGUGGCCGACAGGCAGAGGUGGAUCCGAUACUCUGGUACCGACAGGAAGCAGAGCCCCGGAUGUGGACAUAUGUUUAUCCUGCAAAGUACUCAGACAUCAAAUCCGAGGAUGAGCGAUGGAAGGAAGAGCGUGACCGCAAAUUAAAGGAGGAAAGGAGUCGGAGUAAGGACUCUGUGCCCAAGGAAGAUGGGAAGGAAAGCACAAGUAGUGACUGCAAGCUGCCCACGUCCGAAGAGUCCCGCCUUGGGAGCAAGGAGCCCCGGCCAAGUGUCCAUGUGCCUGUGUCUUCCCCCCUCACCCAGCAUCAGUCCUACAUCCCCUACAUGCAUGGCUACUCCUACAGCCAGUCUUAUGACCCCAACCACCCCAGCUACCGGGGCAUGCCUGCUGUGAUGAUGCAGAACUACCCAGGUUCCUACUUGCCUUCCAGCUAUUCUUUCUCCCCAUAUGGAAGCAAGGUCUCAGGUGGUGAUGAUGUGGACAAGGCACGGGCCAGUCCCAGUGUGAGUUGUAAAUCCAGUUCAGAAUCCAAGGCCCUGGACAUCUUGCAACAGCAUGCCAGUCACUACAAGAGCAAGUCUCCAACGAUAAGUGAUAAAAAUUCUCAGGAGAGAGAGCGGGGAGGCUGUGGGGUAGUUGGGGGUGGUGGCAGCUGUAGCAGUGUUGGGGGAACAGGAGGUGGUGAAAGGACUGUCGACCGGCCCCGCACUUCUCCUUCCCAGCGCCUGAUGUCCACACACCACCACCAUCACCAUUUGGGCUACUCACUGCUUCCAGCACAGUAUAACCUACCCUAUGCAGCAGGGCUUUCUUCUACAGCCAUUGUUGCCAGCCAGCAAGGUUCAGCUCCCUCACUCUACCCACCCCCCAGGAGGUGAGAAUGAACACCAAGUGCCCAGAUAAAGUCAGCUUCAUGGGCCAGACUGGCUCACCUGAGGUGGUGCUGAACACACCAUUUAAAUAUCAGUUAAAUGGUGUUGAUCAUCCUGUUUGCCGUUCCUACGAUGGCUAAAGGCAGACCUUUGGCUGUCUCGCCUCCACCAGAUCCUUUGGACUCCCUGACCUUCCCUCUUCCUCAGGAGCUGGAGAACUGGUACUUUGCAAACAUAUUUAUUCUCUGAGCCACAGUUAAGACUGUUGUGGCAUCUGUGGAGACGAAGGCAUGGGAGCAGCCAGAGGAAACACAGCCUCAACCCAGAGAAGUUACUGCUCUGUUCCCCAAGCCCCUGGUCUGCUUUGAGAGCAGUACCCCACACACACCUGGGAGGGAUCCCAAGCACUGGGUAAGGUCUGAAGACAGCACAGCAGCCAUACCCCUCUCACCGUCAUUACCACCAUCAACCGGAUUCUGCAUCUCCUCAGUGGUUUGAGCCCUGGGAACUGGCAGCACGUGGAGGAAUUAGAAUCUCAGGAAAGAAAUUGGGGGCUUUUUUCUCUGUAGUUGUGAAGACAAAGUCUUCAGACAUGGAGUCUUCCCCCUCUAACAUGAGCACAGAUAAAUGCUCAGAGCCUAACUUGGAAAGGAAGACUAAAGCAUUUGCCCCUCCAUGGCCUUGUGCUACUUGUCAGGCAGAAGGCAGAGGUUCCAGCCCCAGCACAGGGCUCCCCAGGGAUACUGGGAGGGAGGUGGAGCUGGAGCAUGAAUGGAGUCUGUGAAAUUGAACCUGCUUCCUCACCAAAAUUCCUGCUGCUUCUCAUCUCUCAACUCCUUGCCCCUUCUUUACCCUCAUAACCCCUUGGUGCCUUUCCCAGGGGGGCUUCCCAUACUGAUCUCACCUCUUUUCCACUGCUUGGCUCAGGCAGAUAAAACAGAAUUCCUCCCAGCAUGACCUUGGAGUCUGCCAUAUCACAUUAGGGUACAAACCAGAAGGUAGGCCCAGGGAACACCCAGCCGUUCUUAUGAGAAGGCCUGUCUGUUCCACCAUCUGAGUAUCUUUCUCAUUUAGGGCCAUAAAUAUAUACAGCCCAAUUCCUCUCUCUGCAAGUACACAAUUUUAUGUAGCUCAAUCUGUAACCCCGUGUGCCAGUAUGAGAUGUGUCUUUGUAAGGCACGUUUUUGUUGUAGGGGCCACUGGCCAUGGGAGGUUAUUUGCUCCUCAGAUCCUGAAAUAGUAUCCAAGCAUUAUGUACCCAAGCCACAGAGUAGACUCAGUGGGGCUAGGCUUUGAGGCAGCAGACAUGUGUCUGCUCUUCUGAGAAAAGCAGUCUCUCUGGGUCUAAGCUGCAAGGUUCUGUGCUGGGAAAGUAAUGAUUUGGAAGCUUUAUUGGAGUCACUUCCUCCUCAAGGUGUGGGACACUUUAGCUCUUUGCUUUUGCAAGGUAUCAUCUCUUUGUUCUCCUCCCCUCCCAUCUUUCCUUGACCCUCUGGAUUGCAAGAGAGAAAGAUUCAGACACGAGCCUAGGCUAAAGGAGGGUAUUUUGUGACCAGAGUGCCAAAAAGUGACAGCAGGAAGGAAAGUGACUCUGACUUCUUUUGGAAAGUGGGGAGGUAGAGGACAGUAAGCACAAUGCCCAGGAAAAGGUGGUCACCAAGAAUCCUGGAGCCCUGUACAUAGAAAGGCUUAGGAUCAUUCAUCCAAAAGGAGCCCUUCUGACCCACAGACCCUUCCUCUAGGUUUCUAAGUCCUUGUUUUUGUUCGAGUUCUGAGCACUUGCAAAAUUUCCAUUGUUUUAGACCCGUUGGCAGGACUCCAAGCAGCCUCCUCACCACCAUCACUCCCUCUGCCUCCUGCAGCCCCAGGGGGCAGUGCGUUGGGCAGUGACUUACUUUUUUGUCUACAGUAGUAGUUGUUGGGGACACCUUCAUCCUACCUAGCCCAAGUCACCCCUACUUAAAGUGACUGAAUUUCAGCCUGAUUAUGUCCUACCAGGCUCCAGUGAGUAGAACCAAGUGCCCAUCUGUUCCUGUUUGUUUUUAAAUAUUGUGUGCUUUGUAUCUGUGGGCACUGACCUGCAACGUGCUUUGUACAUAUUGUAAAGAAACCAUUGGAGCAAUUUUCUUUCUCACUUGGGUGGACAUGGCCUACAUUCCUGCCCCUUCCACUUCAUUCUGUAACAGAAGAAAAAUUUCUGUAUUUGCAGGAGGGCAGCCUUAGGUUCUGCAGAAUGGAACGGCUUUUCUCCUCCCCAUUCCCCUUAAAAAAACAUUUAGCUCUUUGAACCGUCUAUCCAAGUCCCUUUGAAGAAUAGGUGCUGUCCAGAAGAGGAGAAAGUAGCAGUAGCAGAAUGACACUGCCUUCUCCUCAGCUGAUCCUCCUGAUCCCUAACCAUACUGAGUCCAGUCUUCCCUCCCUGAAAUAGUAUCAGAUAGCAGCAGAUGUGGAGAUCCUUGGCAAGUGAUAAAACAUCCACCUCCAGGCUACACAGGGAGGACUACCUGUGGCACCUACAAACAGACAAGAUAUUCAGCAAGGCAAAAGCCAGAAAAGAUUCAUGCUUAGGGUUCAGACCACCAAACCAAGCCUAUUUCUCUCUGAGCACCUCCAUCUAGGCCCUUCAGCAUUAAUGCUCUCUGGGCCCCCUGUGGAGUAGCUCCAGGGAGUAAGGAGCUCAAUCCCAGGAAGGGCAGCCAAAGCUUGACAGCUGCUGUUUAGAAUUCAUACCUGCUUCCUCCUCAUUGAUGGUGUGCCAGUUCCCUUCAGGCCUUCCCUGCCUUACACAUGUACAUGUACAUGAAGUCUCUGCUUACCCUGUGCUCUCCAUACAUCCUCAAGUUCAAAGAACCACAUACAGAAGGUUAAGAGGGCAUCCUCUGAAAUGAAGUAAUCAUUUCAUGAAUCUCCUCUCCAGGCUCCAGGGUGGGGUUGGGAGUUAAGACUGCAGAAGGGCUAGAGAAUUGGAUACAGGUUUUGAGGCCCCUCAUGUUCCUAUCCCAUAAACCCUAUCAUCGCCCCAUUGUGUACUCUGAUGCCCCCAAGAUUCAACUGGGCAGCUAGCUGGCCCAUAAUUCUGGGCUUUUGUCAUUUAUUACUAGGGCAUCCCAGGAAACUUUCCAGUGAUCCCCUGCCAUGGGCCCCUCCUGGGAUCAAGCCCCUCCCAGGCCUUUGUCCCCAGCCCCUCCUGCCCCAGCCCACCCGCUUGCCUUGGUGCUCAGCCCUCCUGUUGGGAGCAGGUUGGGGCAAGCUGGAGGCCCGGGCUGGAGGGGCAGUGUUGCUGUUCAUAGCUUUUGUUCCAUUGGCUUGCUCUGUUGGAUUUAAUUUCAGUCUUCCUGAUUCUUCCCUUCUGUAAAGUGUACAUUACCAAGUUCCUUGUUUUUUUAUAUAUAUAUAUAAAUAUAUAUAUAUACAAACUGUACUCUUUUUGCCUUUGUACAUUCAGGCAAGAAGAGAAAAUAAAUCUUUUUAAGAGACAAUCACAAAUCUGUGAGGGCUGCUGGUUAUUUCUCUGGAGUUUGCUGCUGAGCUGCCGCCUCCUCCCAACUUUUCUGUUCUCCCUCAGCUUUCCCUAGUCCUGCUCCAUAUGCAUUCUCAGCUUCACCUUCCCUGCCUGAAGCAAGCUAUUGAAUCCAGCAGUGCAGACUACCUGCCCAGCAUUGUUCUCUAGUUGGCCACCUCUCUUUACCUUUCGAUCCCAUUCACCAAAGUGGCUUUGGACCUCUUGAGUUCUCUGGGACCUGUCUUCCAGAGGCCCUGGCUUUGGCCAUUCACCUGUGGAACUAUGCAGCUGGGAGCUCUCCGCCUAAAAUUUUGCACUAUUUAAACCUGCCUGGAAGUUAGAAUGGAUGGUUUUUAGGAACAAGUGGGAUCCUACCCCCAACAUUCCACCCUACACAACCCCUACCAAUCCUAGCCUCCAAAGUGUGCCGAUCCAAAGGAUCAUUCCUGGACUCCUGUGGUACCCUCUCAGAACAAGGGCUAAGAGUUUGGGUAAGAUUAUUUACUAAGACUCAAAGAGUGGUACCUCUUGAAACACAGCCCAUCCAAACCAAUUUAACCUUUCCCUUUUCCUCUACCUUUCUCCUCCCCCUUUUUCCCCUUUGUCUCUACUUCCUUUUCUUAAGGCUUUGGAAUUGAAGUAUAUUUUUAAAUUAUUUGUUGUAUUUAUUGAAUAAAGUUUUUAAUGUCCCUGUU